CAAUGGAGAACUCUGAAGGCAAAUUCGUCGACCUUUACGUCCCCCGCAAGUGCUCUGCCACCAACCGUCUCAUCACUGCCAAGGACCACGCCUCCAUCCAGCUUAACGUUGCUGAGGUCAAUGCCGAGGGUCGCUCCACCAAGUCUUUCUCCACCUACGCUCUCUGUGGCUUUGUCCGCAAGAACGCUGAGGCUGAUGACUCCCUUAACCGUCUCGCCACCCAGGAUGGUUUCCUCAAGAACGUCUGGUCUUACCAGCAAUAAGUAAUUGUUGUAAUUACUGCAAUUACUAUUAUUUUGUGAAUAAAAAACAUAUAAAACACCC